UACACAAAUUAUCAUUGCUAGUAUAAAAAUUGUUUGAAUUUCCUCAUAAGUUGAAAGACAACCCACUCAAUCAUCAUCUUCUUCUCUAUAGCGUACUUUCGCGCAAACACACCAUGGUAUUGCUAACAUUCUUUACAUUAGUCGUCUCGAUUCAGCUUAUUAUCCCAAGUACACAAGCUUAUUUUUACUACUAUACAAAUUGUACUACUGGUAGUUCAAACUACACACAAAAUAGCACUUAUCAAUCCAACCUCAUUAACGUUUUAAACAACUUAACUUCCCAUGCUUUACAAUCCCAAGAAAUAUUUCAUCACGCCUCGUUCGGCCGAGUUCCGGAUCGUGUCUACGGCCUUUACCUAUGCCGAGGCGACCUCGAUGAUCCUCGAUAUUGUAGCCAAUGCGUUCUCGACGCACGUCUUAGUAUUCUCCAAGAGUGUCCUACGCAAAGUUCGGCAAUUCAAUGGAACGAAAAUUGCACUAUUCGUUUCUCCAAUGUGCCGAUUUAUCAACGACUUGAUGUUAGUCGAAGUACGGUCGGGUACAACGUUGUGCCACUCAUUCCUAGCGAAGAGGUUCGAGCGUUUUUGGAGGUGAGGAAUAAUACCAUGGCGGAAUUAGUACCACGAGUUGCGAAUAAUGGUACGAAGUUUGGUGCUGAAGAUGGUGAUAUUACGACGUCGUUGAGGUUUAAUACAAGAGCACAGUGUACACCAGAUUUGAGUAAUGAGGAUUGUAAUCGGUGUUUGGGUAUUGCGGUUGAUCAACUUCAGACGAGGAUUGGUACAUGGGUUUUGUUUCCUAGUUGUUAUGUUCGAUUCGAUUUGAGUAUUAUGAAUCGAACAACAGCAGUAAUGAUUCAAGAAGGAAGCAGGAGAAUAUCAACAAAUAUUAUUGUUGCCAUUGUCAUUCCAGCGGCAAUUAUAUCAGCUAUAAUUAUUGCUCUAGUUAUCUGUCUAAAGAUCAAAAGAGCUAAGAAGUUUGACGCUUUCAAAGUUAGAAGUGGUCAGGAUUUUUCGAUUAUUGAGUCCUUGCAAUAUGACGUGGCAACACUUCUAUCGGCGACAAAUAACUUUUCCGAUGAGAAUAAACUAGGCGAAGGUGGAUUCGGUGGUGUUUAUAAGGGUAUACUGGAAAAUGGACAAGAAAUAGCAGUAAAGAGAUUAUCCAAAGGUUCUUUCCAAGGUGACGAAGAAUUUAAGAAUGAAGUCUUGUUGGCCGCAAAACUUCAACAUAGAAACUUGGUGAGACUACUAGGGUUUUGUUUGGCAGGGGAAGAGAAGCUUCUUGUGUACGAACACGUGGCGAAUAAAAGCCUUGAUCACUUCCUAUUUGAUUCAGAAAGACAAAGUUUACUAGACUGGAGAACCCGCUACAAGAUUAUAGGAGGGAUCGCAAGAGGAAUGCAAUAUCUCCACCAAGAUUCUCGACUUAAGAUUAUACACCGCGAUCUUAAAGCAAGUAAUGUGUUGUUGGAUGAAGAAAUGAAUCCCAAAGUUUCAGACUUUGGUCUGGCGAAGAUUUUUGGUGUGGAUCAAACCAAAGGAAGUACUAGCAGGAUUGUUGGAACUUAUGGUUACAUGUCUCCGGAGUAUGUAAUGCAAGGUCAAUUCUCUGACAAAUCGGAUGUGUAUAGUUUCGGUGUACUUGUAUUAGAAAUCAUCGCCGGGAAAAAGAAUAGUACUUACCAAUCAGGGGACGACACAGAUGGACUUGUGAGCCAUGCGUGGAAUACAUGGAGAGAAAACUUCCCCUUGGAAUUUGUUGAUCCAACAAUGCGAGAAUCAUGCUCAAGUGACGAAGUAAUGAGAUGCAUGCACCUUGGGUUGUUGUGUGUUCAAGGGGGCAUAGAUGACAGACCAUCGAUGGAACUAGCCGUGCUCGUGUUACACACGGACUCAUAUACACUUCCCACACCACAAGAGCCAGUUUUUGCGUUUAGUAGAUCUCGAGAAUUAAACAUUCCAGAAGGCAUUAGUUCAGAUCACUCGACGAACAAGUCUGCUAAUAGUAUCACUGUGACUGAUGUUAACCCAAGAUAGGAUAUCUAGAUGAUCAAUAUUUUUCAGUGACAGUCUCACUAAGCUUUACUGCUUUAGUAUGGAUAAAGCUAAUUAAGGUGAAAUAAAUAAAUCAAUUUGAAUGCAUCUUGCCAUUUCAUCGAUCGAGAAGUUACCAUCCAUGAAAAGUUUACUUUUAACCAAGGAAAAACUAAGGAAGAGGAAAGUAGUCAACAAAUAAAACAACACGAGACAAAUCGGACACGAAAAAGAAACUAGAGUGAAGAACACUAAUUUCAACUAGUGAAGAACACUAAUUUCAAAAUUUGGGGAAAU